GACACCAGCUGUCAAUCAAUGGGGAAGCCCCGCCCCCUGGUGACAUCACAGGCUAACCUGAGUUUCUGCAUUUCACAAUCAACAUCGACUGUCAGAGUGAAAGCAGUGAAAAUGGCGGAGGCCCCAGACCUGUUCUCCGAGCAGGAGAUGACAUGCUCCAUCUGCCUGGAUGUAUUUGAUGAGCCUGUCUCCACCCCCUGUGGACACAACUUCUGCCAGGCAUGUAUUGGGGGUUACUGGGCAUCCAGUGCGGUCUGUACCUGUCCGCUCUGUAAACGCCAGUUUGAUGAACGACCUCACCUCAGCGUCAACAAAGUCUUCGCUCUCAUCGCACUUAAAUACAAAGAGGCCCAGUAUAGCGCCGCAGGGAUACCGAUGCCUGUCAGGAAUGGGACACCAGCAACCAUCACAACAGCCCCCUCCAGCACCAACCCGUUUGCGACAUCAUCCGGCGAUGACGUGGUGUGGUGCGACAUCUGUACAGGUCUGAAAAAACCUGCCGUCAGCUCCUGUCUCACCUGCACCGCUUCGUACUGCACUGAGCAUGUGCAGCCUCAUCAGACCACACCCUUUUAUUCCAAACACUCGCUAAUGGACCCCCAGGAGGCUCUCAGGGGACGCACGUGCUCACUACACAACCGCCUGAUGGAGGUGUACUGUCGGACAUGCCAAAACUGCAUCUGCGCCAUUUGUGUCCUUGAGGAACAUCGGAUGCACAAAACCGUCUCCGUCCAGACUGAGAGACUCAGCAAACAGAAACAGGUAGCGAGGACGGAGCAGGAGAUCUUGAACAGGAUCAAAGACAAAGCGUUUCAAGUGACUCAGCUGAAGAGGAAACUGGAAGGAGUAAAGUCGUAUGCAGAUGGUGAACGAGGCGAUGUGGAACACCUCCUGGACGAAGUGUCCAGCUCGUUGGACAGGAUCCGGUCUCAAGUGGUUGGCGGGAUCGAGAACCAGCUGGAUGCCGUAAUGUCAAAGGGGGAGGGGCUUGUGAACCGUCUGGAGGAGGAUCUUAGCCAGCUGCAGGAAAGGAGGGCCACUCUGGAGAUCCAAGCCAUCAGCCAGGACCACAUCGGCUUCCUCCAGAGCUACGAGAAGGCCACAGCCCCUCUUUCUGAGGAUCAGCAGGGCAACGUGGACGAGGAUGAGGAGCUGUCCCUCCAAUUCCACCUGGUGGAGGUGAAGAGCUCACUGUCUGAGCUGAAGGAGAAGAUGGAUGACAUCCAAAUGGGGGAGGUCCGCUCCAGAGGUUCCAGAGGGUCCUUCUCGUCAAGUGAUCUGAUGUACGAGAGCACGCCCAAUCUGAGGGGCAGCACCGCCAGUUUGAGGAAGAGUCAGUGGUCUCUGAAAGAUCACAAGAAGAACAAUUCUCACAAACCAAUCUCAGGACACAAGAAGGCCCGAGUCUAUAUGGAUGACGUGAUGUUGAACCCGGUGACAGCGUAUCCAUUCCUCAUCCUGUCUGAGGACAGAAAGCAGGUGAAGCGAGGAGAGAAGCUGCAGUUCUACAGGACAAGUCAGCAGCGCUUCGACGUCUGGUCCUGCGUCAUCGCGAAGGAAGGAUUCAGUACGGGGCGACAUUACUGGGAGGUGUUUGUUGGGGAGAGUAAGGACUGGAAGCUGGGAGUGGUCAGUGAGUCGGCGCAGAGGAAAGGUCUGUUCGACAUGAGUCCGCCUAAUGGAUACCACGCCAUCUGGUGGAGCGGCAGCCAACUGAGGGCACUCACAUCACCACCUCUUACAAAGAUAAAGAGUCCACCGAAGCUGCGCCAGGUGGGUGUGUUUCUGGAUGUGGAGGAAGGUCAGGUGUCUUUUUAUAAUGUUAAGACGGGCUCAGAGAUCUACACCUUCAACGGAUCCUCCGAGUUCACCGAGAAGAUUUUUCCUCUGCUGGGCACCGGAGACAAGGAAGUCCCCCUGGUCCUUGGGACUACUCAGUAGUAGCUUGUCUGAGGAACCAGGACCCAGACAGAGUGACACAAAAGGGGGUCAAACCAGAGAAAUUAAGUGGAUCACAAAGUGGGAAGUAAGGCGGACAGAAGCACUGGGACAGUGACAGUUGUUGGGGGCCCAUCUUGGAGGCGGUGAAACUGAAUCUCGCCACAGAAGGAACCGAUGCUGGUUUGAUCGUCUGACGGACAUGGACACAAACUGACUCGUAAUGCUAACCAUAAACACAGAUCAUCUAUUUAGUUUUCCUAACAAUGUUAAAAAAAGCAGUCAUUGUUAGAAGUUUCAUUUUUCUAGCAAGAUCCUUUGUAUGUUACAUCAAGAUUAUUUCAUUAUACCAAGAUCCUUUUGAAGUCAUAUCAAUAUCUAUCUUAAACUGUAACAAGAUCUUUAUGUUAUAACAAGAUACUUUAAUAUCAUAAGAACCAUCUCCAUGUUAUAACAAGAUCCCUAUUAUGUUAUAACAAAAUAUUUAGAUUUCUCAGCAAGAUCAUUUUUAUGUUCUGGUAAAAGAUUUUUCAUGUUUGAGCAUGAUAUUAUUCAUGUUUUGACAAGAUACUUUCAUUCCCUAGAUAGAUCCCUUUUGUAUUCUAGCAAGAUCCUCCAUGUGCUAUAACAAGAGGUUUUCCAUGAUACAGCAGGUUCUCUUCAGCCUUUCCUUCAUCUACAAAGAAAUGUUCCUGUUUGAACAAGAUCCCCUUUAUGUUCACGCAAGAUUCUUUCAUACAAAAAGGUAUAUUUUGUGGUAAAACAAGAUGUUAUUCUUAAUGUAACGUAUCUUUUUCAUGCCUUAACAAGACAGUUUUCAUGUUAUUGUAAGAUCCUUUCAUUGUCAUAACAAAACCCCUUUUAUACCAUCGCAAGAUCCUUUUUGUGUUCCAGCAAGAUUUUCUUCUUAUAACAAGAAAAAGAUCUUUCUCAUGAUCCAGACAGUUUUUUGUUAUCUCAAAAUAAUAAUUAGUUCAAAACAAGAUCAUUUUCACACACAAACUAAAUAUUUUUUUAAGGUAAAACAAGAUCCUUUUCAUGUUUUGCAAGAUUCUUUUUUGUUCCAUCAAGAUUUUCUUCUUAUAACAAGAUCAAUUUCAGGCUUUCACAAGAUCUCUCUCCUGAUCCAGACAGUUUUGUGUUAUUUCAAAAUAAUAAUUAGUUCAAAACAAGAUCAUUUGCACACGCAAACUAAAUAUUUUUUAAGGUAAAACAAGAUCCUUUUCAUGCUCGAGAUAUUUUUCAAAGUGAAAUUGGUUCGUUUUUAUGCUCUUACACAAUAUCGUUCAUGUUCUACAACAUACUUUCUACUUGUCAUGUUCUGAUGUGAUAAGGAUCUUGUUAAAACAUGUGCCCUAACAAGAUCCUUCUAUGUCCCAGAGAAAUGUGUUUCAUGUUGUCAUUUUCCCACACUGUCCUCCUUGAUUUUUAAACACUAUUCAUAUUUUAAAAUCAUAUAUUUCAUUAUCAUUUUGUGUUAUGUCAGGAGUUUGUUGAUUUUGUCAGCUUUCUUACAAUAAGGUAAAAGCUGCUUUAAUCUGUGAAGCAAGAACAAGGUUUAAAAACGACUUCUUCUCUGAAACAUUCAGCACGUGGUAUUAAGGAGUAAACUCUCUCCUGUUUGAAUGUUAAAAUGAUCUUGUUAAAAUUAACAUCAUUUUCAUUAAAAUUAAUUACAUUAAUCAUCCAAAUCUCCUGUUUGAUCAAGAUACUAAGCAAACUUUUGUUGCCAUGUUCCGCAAAACAAGAAACAUCAUCUGUUUAUUUCUGUUUAUGCUAUAAGUGAUUUUUUGAAGACUGGAUUCUGAUGUGUUCUUUGUUUUUGAAGGCAGGAAAUGAGUGAAAUAUUUUAACAUUUUCUUGACAUCGCACACAGUGAAAAUAUUUACUGGGGUAAAUAAAUACACAAAAUGUUGUGAAAUAAAAAACAAUAAAAAGUGACAUUUCUGGAA